CAGAUUCACAAACGAUCGUAUCGUGUUAGCAUCGAGUCGUACAGCAAUCGAAUCGCGUCGAACAUCGUAACCAAACUCCACUAUUCAUCCAUCAUUUAUAUUCGUUCGUGAACUAAAUUCUUAUAAUAUUCAAAUCAACUCAUAAUGGCAUCACGUGGUCCAUCAUAUGGCCUCAGUGCCCAAGUAGCUAACAAAAUUGCUGGUAAACGUGAUCCUCAGCUUGAAGCUGAAGUGUUGGGAUGGAUCGAAGCUGUCCUUGGUGAACGAUUGCCAUCGGGCCCAUUUGAAGAAGUUCUUCGAGAUGGAACCAUUUUAUGCAGAUUGAUGAACAAAUUGAAACCAGGUGCCAUCCCCAAAAUCAACACCUCGGGGGGACAAUUCAAAAUGAUGGAAAACAUUAACAAGUUCCAAAAGGCAAUCAAGGAGUACGGUGUACCAGAUAUCGAUUGCUUUCAAACAGUCGAUUUGUAUGAACGACGAAACAUACCCCAAGUGACUCAAUGCAUUAUGGCUUUGGGCCGAACUUGUUAUUUGCAUCCGGAAUGGCCAGGUCCGUUCUUGGGACCGAAACCAGCCGAUGAAAACAAACGUAAUUUCACGGAAGAACAAUUACGUGCUGGUGAAGGUGUUAUCAAUUUACAAUACGGUACAAACAAAGGCGCAAAUGCUAGCGGUCUCAACUUUGGCAACACCCGACACAUGUAAAUGCUUUUACUCCAUUCAAAAAUAAAAACGAUCCAGCAUCUAGAGUCAGCCAACGAUACCUAGUAAUCAGUGAACAUCGCACAUACACACACCCAUACCAUAUUAAUAAAAUGUCAGACUGGCUUCCUGUUGCGAGGAAAUAUACCACCUACUGCCUUGGCCAACUACAACUGGGUUUCUAUCACAAAAAUACAUACAAGCUACGCCAACAUACUGUUGUUCCUUUUUCAGUGACAUGAUUUUUAAAAAUCUUCUAUUCUGCCUAAACCAAGGAAUAAAUGAAAAAAAACAGUGUUCACAUUGAACACAUUUAUUAAAUAAUAUUCAAACACAAAUCAAA